GCCAUUUCGCAAGAAACCCACGAUGUCGACGCUCACGUCGACGCAAAUGAACGUGAAGCGCAGCUCGACGCGCGUGCACGGCCCGCCCGGCGGCGCGUCCCAGCUCACCUUUGGUCCGGGUGGGUUUGGCACGAAUGCGCCGGCCCCGGAGCCCGACGCCGAGAACCGGGACGCCGUGCAGCGAACGGACUUUAUCCCGCAGAAACCAGGCCUCCGUACACCGUACCAACAAAGCCCGAGCAACAACAACCAACAACAGUACUCGAACCAGCAACAGGCGCCUCCACCCACCGCGUUUGCGCCGCCACAAACCGGCUACGGACGCCCGCCGCCAACGGGAUAUGCGCCACCAUCCACAGGCUAUGCACCGCCACAGACUGCCGGUGGCUACGGUGGCUACAAGCCACCGGCGACGGGCUACUCCCAGCAAGGCCAGGAGCGUCCCCAAACCAUGGGGUGGGGCCGAGGAGCGAGUGGGCGGACACAGCCUCCGCUAACAUCGUCAAAGCGCGACCAAAACUGGGAAAAAAAGCGACGGCAGUGGCUGGCGCGCAAGUCGGGUGGCUCGGGCAACUACACGGGCCAUUCGUCGUCCGCAUCAUCGUUUGCGCCACCGAUGACGGCUGGUGGCAACAACAAUUCGUAUGGAAACCCGCCGUCCCCGCUCUCCAAGCUCAUGAACAACGUGAGCGUGGGCGGUCCCGAGUCCAACCGUGGACAGUCGUUUUCUCUGCCCCAGCAAUUUCGGGCGCCAAUGCAACAACAAUAUCAAGCACCACCGCAGCAGCAGCAGAGGUACCAGCAGCCGCCACCGACGGCGUAUGCGCCACCGAAUCAAGGACCACCGUCGCACGGCUACGGCGGUCCACCUCCGACGGGCUACAGUCGCGGAGGCCCACCGCCAACAGCCGCAAGCAACUACUCGUACCAAGAUCACUCGGGCUACCCACCGAGUAGCAACGGUCCCAAGCAGGGCAAUGUGUUUCAGCAAACGGGCGCGGCGCAGUUUGGACACCAGCCGCAGCAGUUCCAGCGCAUGCCGACGUCCGGCUCGAUGCCGCCGACGGCGUCUUCGUCGCGGUCGACGCGCCAAGCGCCCGGCGGCACGUCCAACUGGUCGCCGUACGGCUAGUUGCGCCGCAGUGGCUUGUACGCAAUACGAUAUACAUCUUGCUUUCAUCCUAUAUCCUUAUUGUUAUUACUGCUACUUCAUUCCGCGCUUGAGACUAAAUACUACGUUGUCGUUUGAUAUACCA